AUGAGUACGAACAUCUUAGAUAUUUAUCGUGAUUGUCCAUUUUGUUUAAAACUUCUUUUCGAACCAAUUUCAACUCUAUGUGGUCAUACAUUUUGUCUUCUAUGUAUGGAACGUUUUAUUUUAACAACAGAACGAGUUUUACAAUGUCCAAUAUGUCGAGAUGAUUUAAAUUAUCUUCGUUCAUCAUCUAGUCAUUUAAAAGUCAAUGCAAUACUACACAAUUUAUUACGUGAACAAUAUGAAAAAGAAUAUGAACUAAGACGAAUAGAGAAUGAAAAUGAACGAAAACAAAUGAUUAAAAAACGUUUUAUUAUUGGUAAUACACAUCAUUUACCAUGUGAUAAUGAUUGUACAAAACAUGAAUGGACAUUUUUUAUUAAAUUUGAUAAUGAUGAUCAAGAUGAUAUUAGUGAAUAUAUUAAACAAAUAACAGUUAAUUUACAUCCAACAUUUACACCAUCAAAAAUCGUACUUGAUAAUGCUCCUUUUUGUUUAACAAGAAUUGGAUGGGGAAUAUUUACAAUUUAUUUUACAAUUGAAUUUCAUUCGCAAUGGAAUAAAUCAGAUUUAAAAACAAGUUGGUUUUUAUCAUUUGCAAAUACAGGAAAUCAAAAAACAAUGGUAGUUGAAUUUCAAAAAACAACAGAUAAUUUAAAUAAUGAUGAAAUGUCGUGA